UGGCUCCCGGGCCCAAUUAAAGAACCCUUCUAUUCAUGGAGGUGAACACUAAGGAAGCUUUCCACAUGAACCCCAAAGGCCCUGCCCUCCAAAACCUUUGUUUGACCCAUUAUAUCUGGUAUGGGCAAUGCUGCUUAGAACACUCUAGAAGCAGUGAUCCAGGAACAUCCACUCCUAUUGACAGACCAUCCCUGCAUCCCCAUGGCAGCCAGCACCAGAGCCACCUGUGUGUAGGGGAAGGAGGGAGACCUUUAUCAGUGAACGUCUGAUACAUUUCCCGUAGAGAGAGAAAGGAGCCAAAAUGAAGGAAAGUGUGGCAUCCAGAACUGUUUUCAUUUUGCUACUUUUUCUCACCACCAGUCUCCUGAAUGGACAAUCACCUCCUGGAAAACCUGAGAUCCUUAAAUGUCGUUCUCCUGAGAAGGAGACAUUCACCUGCUGGUGGAAGCCUGGAGAUGAUGGAGGACUUCCCACUAAUUACACAUUGACUUACCACAAGGAAGGAGAGACACUCACACAUGAAUGCCCAGACUACAUAACCAGUGGCCCCAACUCCUGUUACUUCAACAAGAAGCACACAUCCAUAUGGACAAUGUACAUCAUCACAAUAAAUGCCACAAACCAGAUGGGAAGCAGUUCCUCGGAUCCACGUUAUGUCGACGUGACUUACAUAGUUGAACCAGACCCUCCUGUGAACCUAACUUUGGAAUUAAAACAACCAGAAGACAAAAAGCCUUAUCUGUGGAUGAAAUGGUACCCACCCACCCUGGUUGAUGUUAGAUCUGGUUGGCUCACACUCCAGUAUGAAAUUCGGUUAAAACCCAAGAAAGCAACUGAGUGGGAGACUCAUUUUGCUGGGCAGCAGACUCAGUUUAAGAUUCUCAGCUUAUAUCCAGGACAGAAAUACCUUGUCCAGGUUCGCUGCAAGCCAGACCAUGGAUUCUGGAGUGAGUGGAGCCCAGAGAGCUCCAUUCAGAUACCUAAUGAUGUCACCAUGAAAGAUACCAUCGUGUGGAUCUUUGUGGCCGUUCUUUCUGCUGUCAUCUGUCUGAUUAUGGUCGUAGCAGUGGCUUUGAAAGGCCAUAGCAUGGUGACCUGCAUCCUUCCACCAGUUCCUGGGCCAAAAAUAAAAGGAUUUGAUACUCAUCUGCUGGAGAAGGGUAAAUCUGAAGAACUACUGAGCGCACUGGGGUGCCAAGACUUCCCUCCCACUUCUGACUGUGAGGACUUGCUGGUGGAGUUUUUAGAAGUGGAUGACAGUGAGGACCAGCAGCUGAUGCCAGCGCAUCCAAAAGAACAUCCAGGGCAAGAGAGGAAGCCCACCCCCUUGGAUCCAGACAGCGACUCUGGCCGGGGCAGCUGCGACAGCCCUUCCCUUCUGUCUAAAAAGUGUGAGGAAGCUCGGGCAGAUCCCUCCGCAUUUAACACUCCCAAGAGCGUUGAGAAGCCAGAGAACCCUCAAACAAAUGUGACCUACACUUGGGGCUCCCGGAGCACAAGCUCGGAAGGCAAAAUCCCCUACUUCGCUGCCGGCGGGUUCAAAUCUUCAACAUGGCCUUUGCCACAGCCCCCCAGCCAGCACAGCCCCAGGUCUUCUUACCACAACAUUGCUGAUGUGUGUAAGCUGAACAUGGGCACGGCAGGUGCAUCAGCCACUCUGCUGGACAAAACAGACACACGUGCUUUGAGAUCUUCAAAAACCACUGAGACUGGAGGGGAGGAAAAGGCAGCUGAGCAGAGGGAAGUGGAAAGCUUCCAUUCCAAGACUGACCAAGACACACCAUGGCUGUUGCCCCAGGAGAAAACCCCUUUGAUCUCUGUUAGGCCCUUGGAUUACGUGGAGAUUCACAAGGUCAACAAAGAUGGAGCAUUGUCGUUGCUCCCAAAACAGAAAGAGAACAGCGGCCAGGCAGAGAAGCCCAGCACUCCCGAAGCCAGUAAGGAGUAUGCUAAGGUGUCCAGGGUGAUGGAUAACAACAUCCUGGUGUUAGUGCAGGAGCCGCGAGCUCAAAACCUGGCUUCGUUUGAAGAACCAGCCAAGGAGGCUGCGCCGUCCCAUCAACAGAAUCAAGCUGAAGAAGACCUGGCCUCCUUCACCUCGGCACCAAGUGGCUGUGGACUCCAGCGGGCUGGGUUGGAUUACCUGGAUCCCACGUGUUUUAUGCACUCCUUUCAGUGAUACCUUGAGUACAGAAUGAUUGGUUAAAAUGUGAUUUUUUUUUUUCAGGUAACACUACAGAGUACAGGAAAUGCACUCUACUAGAGAAUGCUCGAGAAUGUGGUUAGAAUGACACUAUACAGCCUGUAGUUCACUCCUCAUGCUCCAUUUUCAACCAGCUGCCUCUUUCUCCAACAGCUGAUUCCAGAACAAAUUGUUUUGUUUCCUGUGAUUUGUAGAUUGACUUUUUUUUUUUUUGCUAUUAGUUAUAAAAUUCUGUGUUCAAUGAAAUAAAAGCACAUUGUUUAGCAUUCUUGAGGGACAGUGCCAACAAGUAUAUCCUCUGGAAGGGGCUUUCAUGGUUUGGUAUGCGACAGAAGGAAAUGAAAUACUCACCAUUGCUUACCACAGGAAGAUGAGAGAUGUGAGAAAAAGGCCAUGAAAACCGCUUUUGAAAACCAACAAACCUUUGCAAAACCUUUGCUUAACCUUUACAUUCCUCUUUUAUUUUAUUCAGAUUAGCCAAAUACAACCCACUUAAAGAAAGAAUACAUUCCAGAAUACCCGACACAUUGUUUACAUGGGUUCCUAUCACCUUAGUGAUACAUUGCCAAUAUGCAAGCCAAAAUGACGCCUCCAGUUUUUUUUUUCUUAAAAUGGUUUGAAUUUAUUAAGCAUGGAUUUUUUUCCCCCUAAAUUGUAAUUUAUUCUAAAGCCUCCAGAGAAAACCAUUUUGGAGAGUGAAAUUUUCUUACAUGAUAGGUAAAUGAGCUCCAUGUGGUAAAUUCUUAUAAAAUCUUUUCCUGUUUCAUUUCAGCAUAAGAGAUAAUUUAUUAUACACCCUAGUCUUCAGUUAGGUUAAAAAAAAAUCCCCAAAGACCAACUUUAAUUUUAAAAGAUAAUCACAGCAGGAUGGUAAUGGAAAUACUGCCUUACUGUACAUACGAAUUCUACUUUAAUAUAAGCCCGUAAGUUUCACAAUGUAUUUUUGAAGACUAUUUUUCUAUCACUUAGGUAAAAUAAAAGACUAUUUUCUAUCUUCCCAGUACAGCUGUUUACGUAUUUAGCGGGUACGGUAUCUUCUGCUAUGAGGUUAUAAUGAGUAUUUGCAGUACAUCAUAGUAUAUGCAGUCCCUGUUUGUGGAGUAAAAUGCCAUAGCAACCCAAAGCCCAUUGAGGAAUAUGAAGUGAUCUGAUUCUUUUCAUCUCUGUGACACUGUAAACAGUCUCCAGCCUGAAGUUUUAGGGCUUUCCACAGACCAGAAAUUACUUCUAUAAUUUAGGGCUACUCUGGGGCUUCUCCUCUUCCCUGGGUGAAUAUUCGUAAAACCACCACGAAAAGGUGAGUGAUGACCUCUCACAUACUGUUUCAGAGAGAACGUUUGGUUUGGUUUAGUUGUUCUGAGAAAUCUUGGGCAGCAAAGAAAAUGUAAGCAAAGCCAGGACUUAGUAUCUCUCUGAUGUAGGUCCAUUUGCGAAAUCUUGGCGAAAGCAGAGACACCACUCACACCAGAAGUGUUCACAUGAAAGUUCUAAGGAAGCAGGCAUCUGUGGAGUGGUGACAAGAGCUACAAAGGCCAGGGUAUGGUAGUAAGAAUCUCCAAGUCCGUUCCAAGGGCAGCCUUCCCGAGAGCAUCCAAAAGCCUGGAUCUGCAUUUUGAAGAGAGCAUUCAUGACUCAUAAAACCGCCUCCCUCUGUUUUUCAUCUCAUCUGAUGGCAAAUCCAUUCUCUGUGUUGACCCCCUAGCUAAACACAGUGAAUUUGAACUCACAUCUGUGAGUUAAAUAUUCCACCCCAGCAAGCCCAUGCAGACAGGAACUAGGCUCCAAGGUGGCCUAAUGUUUGAAGCUGAACACAUUGCUGGGGCUUCCAGAAUUGCAAAGGUAAAUAGAUCUGAGUUCCCUUCUCCCAGUAUAGACUAGCAUAAGGAACGAAGGGAAAAUUUGGAAAGUUGUCCAAGUUCAUUCAUGCCCUAGGUCCUUGCUAGCCUGAGGUGUGCCCUGAGGACCAGCUCUGUCAGCAUCCCCUGGCACUGCUAGCAAUGCAGAAUCUUGGCUCCCCUGCCAGACCCACAGAAUAAGAAUCUGCAUUUUACUAAGAUCCUCAGAGAAUUCAUGUGUACGGUGAAGUUUGAGAAGCCCUGCCCCUUGUAACCAUUUCCACUAACAGUGUGUUAGUGCCUGGAAACAAUUCUCUCUUGGAAAUACAAGUCAGGUCAAACUUACACUCGAUGACACCCUAUGUAAGGAGAAGGCAUACUUUAAAAAAAAAAAAAAAUCCACUUGGGAUUUAAAUUUACAGAAUGAUUGAGAAUGACUUGCAAAAGUACACACAACUCCAAGAGGGCCCA